GCCAAGGUAGGCCAAGGUAGGCUGAAGGGCAGCUGAGGGGCGUGGGUCCCAGGAGCCCUUUGUGAUGUCAGCACCCCAUGCCCCGCCCUCGCAGCCCUCUGCUCCUCUCAGGCACCUCCCCUCCUAGUCUGGAGAGAGCCGAGGAGAGCAAUGGGUUCCAGCUGCACCAAGCUCAGCAGGGGGCACGCCAUGGGCUACAGCAGGGGCCACGGAUCUACCAUGAAGAAGCUGCUGGCCUGUGUGAGUCAGGAUAACUUCUCCCUGUCAUCAGAGGAGGAGGAGGAGGAAGAGGAAGAGGAGGAGGAAGAGGAGGAGGAGCAGCUCCCGGUGAAGAGCAAGCUGUUGCUGAUGGAGCCCGAGCAGGAGGAGAGCGCUGAGGACAAGCCUGCGGCCCAGCAGGGCCCCGAGCCUGAGCAGAUGCCCUCCUGACCCACGACAACAGCCCAGUGAGGGGUGCUGCCGCUGUUCAAAAUGUUCAGAAAAGAGUCAAUGAAAAGUCUCCAAGGAACCCUCCUCUCUGGUGUCCCUUCCACAGGAGCCAGGCGUGUGUGCGUGUGAGUGUGCCUGCACGGGUGGGAGGCUGAGAUGGGAGGGCAGUGGCCUUGUUUCGGAUCCUUCCUCUUCAGGGGGUGGAAGGUGGGGUGGCCCCGUCUAGAAAGUGGUCUCGAGGCUGGGAAGGGACAGUUAGAAGCAGGGAUGGAAAGAAGUUAAAGCACAGAAAGGAGGGAUUCGUUCUGCUUUUCUAUAGCACAGUAGGGUAACUACUUGU